AUGGAUUGGUUACGAGGACGAAUGUUCUUCGGAGGAGGUGGUUCGUCGAACGCAUCGUCUACUGACGACGAGGAACGUCGUCUCGUCGAACAACCAUCCACCUCUUCAACACGGAAGCGUUCUAUGAUGGGCGCGAAACAGUCGACACACGGAGAUAAUCAAGCCUACGAAGUUUCGCCAGUGGUAGAGACGUGUCCAUCACGCGCUGCUUCUGUAUCUCGCGGUGCUGGACCAAUGCCAGCUCCAGAUGGUCGCGCUAGAUCCGCCGGCCAGUAUAAAUCGCAAAAUCGGACUCUAUCGCCAGCACAUCCAGAUGCAGCGCCAUGCGCUUUGAUCGACAAGCUGCGGCCAGCAAAAUUCGAUUACAUCCUCAGCUCUCAGCAUAUGAUUGAUCGACAAACACAAGAAAUGCAUGCAUGGAAUCCAGAUGAUCGAUCGUUAAAUAUCUUCGUAAAAGAUGAUGAUUGCUUCACUUUCCAUCGACAUCCCGUUGCGCAGAGUACAGACUGUAUCAGGGGAAAGAUGGGAUAUUCAAGUGGAUUUCACGUAUGGCAGUUGGAAUGGCCUCAACGGCAAAGAGGAACUCAUGCGGUUGUUGGAGUGGCUACCAAAGCAGCUGCACUACAUGCUAUGGGCUAUACCUCUUUGAUAGGAACAAAUACUGAGAGCUACGGCUGGGAUCUCACACGAGGUGAAUGUCACCAUGACUCGAAGAACUGCAGUCCGUGGAAGUAUCCCAAAGAUAUGCCCGACCAUUCUCCUAUCCCUGACAAAUUUUACUGCAUUCUUGAUAUGGACGAUGGCUACAUGGCAUUUGCAACUGAUCAGCAUUAUCUCGGAGUUGCGUUCCGAAAUUUGCAAGGAAAGACUCUGUACCCUAUAGUUUCGGCAGUUUGGGGUCAUUGCGAGAUUACGAUGAAGUACCUCGGAGGCAUCGAACCAUCUCCCCGGCCUCUUAUGGACAUCUGCAGAAGAGCAAUCCGCGUUGAAAUGGGACGUCACCGCCUCCACAGGGUCAACGAGUUGAGAUUGCCGCCGCCGUUGAAGCGCUUCAUUGUGCCAGAAGUGCAAGGCGUACCGGAGGGAACUUCUCGCCCAGCCCGGUUUUCCUCUACGGGUCAGCCAUCCAAGCUCUAACUACCAUUUGUCGUUGCUCCUAUUCUUCACCAACGGAAACGCCUUACACAGUGCUCAUAAGUUGUGUGUUCGCCCGAAAUCUGCUAUUAUCAUUGGGUAUUUGAAUACUUUCGUUGCUUUGGGCCGCUACGCUGUUAGCUUUUCUAUGUUCACAUUUUUUACCUAACCACACCAUGUAAAUAACUGCAUAUAGUUUUAUUUAGAUUUAUAUGGUUGAAUGUAUAAUUGCUUUAUAUGUGAAAUCGUCACUGGUUUCACACUUUCGUAACUUGAAGUCUUUUAUAGCCCACUUUCAACCUCCCCUCGGUGAUCAUUCAUUCAUCCCUUGUCGUUUGAUCGAUACUCACUUUUUACAAUCGUUACCAUCUUCUAGUAAUCACAUUUUCACACAUUAGACAACAUGAAGUAGUACUAAUUCAAUAACUUUUUGCUUGAAAAAAUGCCAGAUACCUGUCAUAUUUUCAAAAGCUAUCUCCGACGGUAUUGCUCCCACACUUGAUUUCAUGCCUUCUUAGCCAGAAAAGGAAUUGUAUAGGAGUUUGUAUGUGAGAUUUGUACGCAUUUCUACCUAUCCACGUUCACUUUUUCGUUCUCACUUCAUCAGUUGUGUCCUCAAUCUGCUUUUGUUCGAUACAUGGCUAAUGUUCUACAAGUGGAAUUUAAGACUUCUUAUGAAGGACCGGUGACAUUUUUAUCAUUUUCUCUGUGUUUUCAAAUUGUAAAUCGCAAUAAAGUACUCUUU